CUGGCUGAACUCACCUCUCCGCUGCUUCAGGCUGCUGAACAGAGAUCCGAUUAUUUUUGCACCACCUCUGCGAUAAUAAUUAAUCCUCAUUUUAGCUUCUGCAAAAUUAAAACCACUGACGCACCUUUUCAUCAUCACAGCAGCAGUGAGGAAACGCAGCGCUCCCCUCAUAAUACUAUAAAAAAGGAACAGCUGACAAGAUAACCGUAAAGUUUGGCCACGUAAAGAGUUGACAAGACCUUCUCCAGGACCAGAACCUUGUGGAAACAAGAUGGAAGGAUUCCUCGUAUCUCUGAUGAAGUAGAGCCCUCACUCGCACGCUCCCACCCUCCAUUUCCUCUUCCCUCACUUUCAAAGGGUUGCAGAAUGGAUGAGCAAAGAUGCCCCCUCCCUCCCCCCCUCAAAACAGAAGAGGACUACAUCCCUUAUCCCAGCGUUCAUGAGGUUCUUGGUCGCACGAGCCCUUUCCCGCUCAUCCUGCUGCCCCAGUUUGGAGGCUACUGGAUCGAGGGGACCAAUCAUGAGCUUAAAGACCUGCCAGAGGCUGAACAACCCCCCUGUCCUACCUCCCACAUCAAACUGGAGACGAACAGCCUUGCCAAGAUCUACAGGAAGCAGUUCAUGGGCAAAGAGCACUUUAAUUAUUACACCAUGGAUGCUGCCCUGGGCCACUUGGUCUUUUCCAUGAAGUAUGAUGUCAUUGGGGAUCAAGAGCAUCUGCGCUUGAUGCUUCGCACAAAACUAAAAACCUACCAUGAUGUGAUCCCCAUUUCCUGCCUUACCGAGUUCCCAAACGUGGUUCAGAUGUCCAAGCUUGUUUGUGAAGAAGUAAACGUGGAUAGGUUUUAUCCGGUCCUUUACCCAAAGGCAUCAAGGCUUAUUGUCACCUUUGAUGAGCAUGUGAUCAGCAACAACUUCAAGUUUGGGGUUAUUUAUCAAAAGUUUGGCCAGACAUCAGAGGAGGAGCUGUUUGGAAACAUGGAAGAAAGUCCCUCCUUUGUGGAGUUUUUGGAGUUUCUGGGCCAUAAGAUUGAGCUUCAUGACUUUAAAGGGUUUCGGGGUGGGCUGGAUGUCACUCAUGGACAAACAGGGACAGAGUCGGUCUACACAAGUUUCCAUAAUAAGGAGAUUAUGUUCCAUGUGUCCACCAAGCUGCCUUACACAGAGGGGGACUCUCAGCAGCUGCAGAGGAAGAGGCACAUAGGAAACGACAUCGUAGCCAUCGUGUUCCAGGAGGAGAACACGCCCUUUGUACCAGACAUGAUCCAGUCCAACUUCCUGCACGCGUACGUGGUGGUGCAGGUGGAGAACGCGUGUACUGACAAUGUCACCUACAAGGUGUCUGUGACUGCACGGGAUGAUGUACCUUUCUUUGGCCCUGCAUUGCCUGACCCUGCAAUCUUCAAAAAGGGCCCCGAGUUCCGUGAGUUCCUCUUCACCAAGCUCAUCAAUGCAGAGUACGCCUGCUACAAGGCUGAGAAGUUUGCCAAGCUUGAGGAGCGCACACGUUCAGCCCUGUUGGAGACUCUCUAUGAGGAGCUGCACAUUAACAGCCAAUCCAUGAUGGGUCUGGGUGGAGAAGACGAUAAGCUGGAGAACGGGGCCGGUGGAGGAGGAGGAGGCUUCUUUGAAUCCUUUAAGCGGGUCAUCCGCAGCAGAAGCCAGUCUAUGGACGCCAUGGGCCUCAGUAACAAGAAGUCACACACAGUCUCCACUAGUCACAGUGGCAGCUUUACCCACAAUCCCGCAGAGAGCCCCAAAACCCCAGGGAUUUCAUUGAUCAUUCCUGGGAAAAGCCCAACCAGGAAGAAGUCGGGGCCCUUCAGCUCCCGUCGCAGCAGUGCCAUUGGCAUCGAGAACAUUCAGGAGGUCCAAGAGAGGAGCCGAGAGGUGUCACCCAGCGCCCAGAGGACACCAGAGGGCGGCCACUUUUCACAGGAAAACAAAUCAGACAACUCCUCCAAUCACAGCUCUCCAGAAUUCCUUGCUACAAAGAACAGUCUGGCGAUGUGUUGCAGGGCGCCGUCCAUCCCCGAGGCUCAGGACCUUUCCCGCUCCUCCUCCAAUGCCAGCAGCUUCGCCAGCGUCGUGGAGGAGCACGAGGCAGACGAGGAGUACGACACUGGACUGGAAAGUGUGUCUUGUGUUACGCCACUCAAGGGAGACUCAUUCGUGUACAGCUCUGCGGCGGAGGACAGCGCGUGCAGUACAAGCCAGGGAAGUUUUCCAGCCGCCUCUCGUCUUCAGCAGCAACCGGACGCAGUGAAGACAUCAGAGCCAAAAGGGACAGACAGCCGGCCCAAGACAGAGCGCCCCUCGCAGGAGCACAAGUUCUCAUCGAACUGUUAGCCACACUCCUGAUCACUACAUUGACGUCCAUCCUCAGCAUUCCCAUUUGAGGCAUCUUUUGCCAAAACGAGCCCAGGGCAUUUGAACUCCACCACUGACGCAGAAAAGGAGCCAAGUAUGAAGCCAGAUUCUUGAUCUGACUCACUGAUCUCCCUUUGUAUAUUUGGCAUGGAUCUGCUGCCUGUCAUGACAGACACCCAGCUCCAUGGACAUGCACCUACCUACCGCCCUCAUUCCAGCUCCACCUGGAACCUUGCACGCUCAAGGCAAAGGAAAAGAGACCUCCGCACCCAUGCAGCAUCACUACUGACUGCCGUCCGUCGGCUGGUUUAGCAGAAUAAGUCUGGCUGCCUGCUCAUUCUUCAGGCCAGUAAGCUCUGAAAUCUGUAAACACUCAAAUGUCAUGUGUCCUCUUUAAAAGAUCAGGGGGUUUAAUCUGCGCGACGAAAGAAAUCGAGACCGAUCAAACAGCCGGUGUUUGUUUAGCUUGUGAAACAGUCGAUAGAGAGAAAGAUUUGCACUAGAGAGAAAUGGUUUUUUUUUUAAAUGUCAACCUCACAUCCCACUGUGAUAUUGUACAUGGAUUAAACUUUGCUGUACCGGGUGUGUGUGUGGCUGUCUGUCCAGCCACUUUUUUGUGUUUUAUUGAUCUUCUUGAGUAUUCUGCAGUGGAUAUUUGUCGUGUUUUACGACAGCUUUGGUAAAUCUGUCAUGUUUUUGAUGGAGGGUACUUCUGUGACUCAGUUGUUGAUGGCUGUAAUAGCAUCAAUCCUUCCUCCUUGGUGGGUGAAUAUACCACAGAAAAUUAACCGUUAUUUUUAAAUUCAAAAUUUAAUUGCACCACAGUAAGUCUGUAGGAGAAAAAAAAAAGAUAUUUUAACAUAUCUGUAGACAAUUGAUGCUUUAUGAUUAGAGUAAAAAGUGUAAUUAUGGUAGUGCCCCUAUCAUGCAUUCUCAGUCCACACUGCUGUUUAAACCUUUGUCUCCAAAUGCAUUUUGUCACACGCCACUUGUUGAUUUGAUGUCUGUGUACGGGUGUGUGUAUCCAACGGUACUGUGCAUGGUGUAAAUCUGCUUGCCAAAAAACCUCUCCUCUGUACACUGGUGCCAUGCUUGACAUAGAGGUGUUGUCCUUGUGAUUUGUGUUUUUAUUGAAAACCAGCCAACAUCUCCAGAUGCAGCGCACAUUGCUGAUAGAGCCAAAUGCCACCGUUUCCUACUUUAUUCGUAACGUGUUCGUAUGUAACCUAAGCACUACAUUUUCAGAGUUGUUCAGAAAACGCUGACCUUUUUUUAAAAAAAACCUGAUUCAUCGCCGAAUAUGAAUUACACUGUGACUCGUCUUGAAGUUGCCUUUCUAAUGAUUGUGUCGCGUGAGCUGCUUCGAAGGAGGGCGGUAUUUAAAGGCACUGCGAUGCCAGCUGGCUUGAAUGUAAAACUAGGCGGAUGUGUAUUUAUUUAUACACAUCUGCCUCCGAUGAAUGGUGAUACUGUGUCGACCCCUGACAGAAAAGAGUCUGAAACAGCUCACCUUUCCUGAGCGGAGAAGCUUUUUUUCUGUCUUCAGUUAGUUAUGAAGUAAAGAUACGUGAAGUUAUUUUAUUUCAGUGAUAUGACUGAAGCAGAGAUUUAUUGUCUAUGGUGAAUUUAACACAGCAUUUACAGUUUGUGAAAGUACAAAAGGUUUAAGACAUUGGACCAAAUGCAAAACAGCCUACAGUAUACACUGUAUUCAUAAAGCUGUUUAUAGCUACAAGUCACUGAGAACAAAUUUUUCAUUUGACUCUACAGAUAAAAUGCUUAAAAAAUAUAAACACAGUUUUAGAUCUACACGUGUGUGUGCAGCAGCCUUUUGAAUUUCUUUAUGAGAAGAUAUGAUUUGACGUGAUUUUCCUCUGGACUUUGGAAAUGCUUGAGUAGAUGAAGUACGCCCUCUUGUGGCUCUGUGUUAUUAUCGCACAUCACUAUGUGGUACCAUUCAUCUAACUGUGCUUGCACUGUACGCCAACAGCCGAUCCAAACCACAACAAGAUUGGGAGUGAAUCCUCUAUGUGCUCGAUUCAAAUGAUUGUAUUUCUGUUCUUGUCAACAGUCUGCUUAAGCCCUUGUUCGAAAGAUAUGUUUGUAAAUAUUGCUUUACAUCUUUUUUU